CAAGGCUGAAACAGCCAUCUCUGCUUGCGUUUGUAGUUCAUAUUUUGUACAUACCUGUCGCUAAAGUCACACACGUUUCGAGCGAAAGGUAAUGAACAGUUUUAAAUGAACAAUAUAUGAAUGAGUGAGGGUUACUGAAUUUUGGGAUAGUAAAAUCAUAUUUCAUCUGAUGUAAAAAUUGUAAACACGUUUCUGUUAUAAGAUAUUCUUCAUUCAUUAUGAACGAUUCUACAAUAAAUUCAUUUACCAAAAAACAAUUAGGUGAAAGAAUAAAAGCUAGAAAAAAGAUGAGUAAGGCACAAAUACAAUUAGCAAUUAUUAAAAAAAAGCAAUGCGAUGCUAGAGCUUUAAAAAUUGUUGAACAACUUUUGGAACCUAUUGUUGAAACACAGUGGCUCCUUCAAAAUUUGCAACAUAUCAAUAAAAGUCAUAUGGAAGAUGUAAUCGAAGAAAGAGCAAUAGUGAAAUUAUGUGGUUAUGUUCUUUGCAAAAAUCCUAUAACAGUAAUAAUUACUCAAAAAUUUCAUAUAUCUACAAAAAGAAACAAAGUUUAUGAUGUUACGCGUAGAAAGAAUUUUUGUAGUUCAUAUUGUUAUGGAGCAUGUAAUUAUCUUCUUGAACAAAUGCUUACUAGUCCACUUUGGUUAAGAGAACAAGAGGAGAUACCAGUGUUUCAUUUAUUAUCUUCAAAUCUUCAGACAAAAAAAGAUAUGCUUGGAGAUGAAGUAUACGUAAAUGAUAUUCUAUCAGAAAAUGAUAAAGAAUAUGUAGAACCUGCUGAAAAAUUUGAAGAAGCAGAAAGUCAGAUAUUAGACGAAGUAACAAAUAUUUACGAUAAAUUACCGAAAAGCAAUGAUAAAGUAUCAAAUAUUAUAUCAAAUGAACAUACAAUUUUUGAAAAUACAUCUUCAGAAUAUUCCGUACCGAAAAACGUACAAACAGAAGAUUUUAAAAUGCAUGAUAAUAAUUUGAAAAGUUAUCAAGAUACAAUAGGUAAUAUAAAAGCAUCUACUUUAUCUACAAACAUUAAGUGUUCUAAUGAAACUAAUGAAAACUGUAAUGAACAGACUGAAAUUAUUCAAAAAUACUAUGAAAUACCUAUUUUGGCAAAAAAUUCUAAAACAUUGUUAGAUUGUGAGAAACGUGAUAAAAUAAUAGAAAAUACGUCUAAUAUACAAAUAGUUGAAAAGAAGUGCGAAGAAGAUAAGAAAAUUAACGAAUUUAUAAUAAUCAAACAAAAUAUCUUAGACAAAAAAGAAUAUCCUAUUGAAAAUGAAAAAGAUAAAUAUGAAAAUGUACAAAAAAUGAACAAUAAUAAAGUAACAAGAAAUGCAUCCACAAAAAAUAUGAGAAAAAAGAAAAUAUCUGAAGAUUCGGAACAGUCUUCUACCAAAUUUUAUGCAUUAACUAUGCGAGUUGAGAAGAGUGUUAAAGAAUGGAUUACAGAAGAUACUAUUUCUUUUUUACAAGGAGAUUCUGAUAUAAGAUUGCAAUUAAUGGAAAAUUUUAUUCAACAUGAAAGAUAUGUACAAUUAUGUAAAAAGUUAAAUAAGUUACAACUACAAGAUGAGAAAGAAGAUUGUAUAGAUUUAUCUAGUAAUACAUUAAAACCAUUACCUCAUUUUUCUAUAUUGCAAGAAGAAGCAGAUAAAAUUGAAUUAAAGGUGCAUGCGUUUUACGAAGGACGUAUGGUAAUAGAUCAACCUAAGAAAGUUGUAGAAAAUAAUGAAACAUGUACAUCAUAUCCUAUAUUGCCUUUAAUAGAUGCACAUGCACCCAAGGCAUUACGUCGUAAGAUCUUUUUGGAUAAACUUCAUAAAAUAUUACCAGAUUUGUUGCGCAUGUUAGCUGAUAGUACUCGGUGUUAUACAAUAAUGGAGUACAUAAAUGACAACAGUAGUAAUACAUUAAUAAAAGGCUUAGUGAAUACGUUUUCAUUAUCUGCUUCAAAUAUAAUUUUCAAAACUGCUGAAUGGACUCUUGUAGGACUGAUAAUUAUUAAAAUGUUAAGCAUAAUGGAUCCACAAUUGAAAAUCUUAUUAGCAACAAAACAAGCAUCAAUAUAUAUAUCAAUGAAUUUAUAGUGAAUUUGAUAACGCAGUAGGAACACCUGUAAUUGGUGAAGGAGGACAAUCUAACCCUAAACUGUCAAUUUGUGUUGACGGUAAUGGAUCUUGCGUGGUUCGAUUACCCACUUUAUCUCUUAAAGCUUCAUAAAGGAUAUGCACAGCCUCAUUAUGCUAAAAAAAUUAUAAUAUUAAGAAAAUAGUGUAUAAAUGUAUCCUUUGUAAGAUAUAAUUAAAAGAUAUUGAGAAUAAUACCUGACUAGUUGGUUGUAAGGCUUUUAGUAAUGAAUGUAAUCGCGUGGGUGGUAAUUUUGGAUGAAUAUACCAAAGCAACUUUAGUAAAUGACGCGUUACAUUAUCCCUGCUUAAGCCUGCCAGAAAGAAUUCAUCAAAUAUUACAGUACAAAAUGAUUCAUUAGAAAACUCAUCUGCCAUAUUCAAUAUUAAUAGUGAAACCUGGAAAGAAAUAAUACAAUUCUCUACAUAGUUUCUUAAAUAAAUAGAAUGAUUUUUUACAUACCAGAGUAUGUAGAAAAGGAUCUUCAAAAGCACGUUGUGCUUGACAAUUUGGUAAAGUUGCUAAUACUCUCAUUAAACCCCUAGCAUCUCCUCUUCCUCUACCUAUACCACCACCACCUCCUAUAUGUAAUGCAUAAUACAUAGAUAAGACUGCAGCAACACCAGAUAAUUGUGCAUAUGCUUGGCAUGCAUCAGGAGGUGGGCCAGAAUGUUCUAUAAUAGCAAUUGCACUUUCUCUCUCAUCAGGUGGUAGUUUACAAUUUAACUGUCUGAUUUGAUCAUCGACCUACAUAAUAAUAAAAAUAAAAAUUAUACGGAAAAGCUAAAUUAAUAUGUAUACAAAAUCAAAAUAAAUUUUAUACUGAUUAAUAUAUUUAUAAUGAUAUUUACCAUAAGAGACAUUAAUGCUGGUAAAAAUUUUGUAACAACUUGACUAUCAAGUUUUGGUUCUUUGAAAUCUUGUGAGUCAAUCAUUUGCCAGGCAGAAAGACCCAGAGCAAGCAUUCUUAAUAAUAAUACAAGAACAGCAUUUUCUCGUGGUAAUGCUUCACCAUUAAUUAAAUGAAGAGCUAUCUUGAUUGCGCUACUAGCAAGAAAAUUCACUGCAUAUGGAUCACAUAAUGUCAUGCUUAAAUCUCCUAAUACUUGUUCUUGUCCUCUCUAUAUAAAAUUAAAAAUUUCUUCUAUUUCUUAUUAUACUAGACGUUAUUAUAAGUUAUUAUAAUGCUUAAUAUACCUUAAUACUAUCCAAAAAUCCUUGCAAUUCACGAGAUCUUUUCACAUCCACAUUUUUUUCCCUAAUACAUGCGUCUAAACACCAGGUAAAUUUAUGACAAGGAUCAACUGAAAUAAUAUCUUGAACCUAAAUAAAAUGUUAAUUCCGAAUUUGAGGCUGCACAUUUACUUUAAAUUUAUUUUAUCACAAAUCUUAUUGUCUUACCUCCAAAUCAUGCAAGGCCAUUAAUAACUCUGCUCUAAGAGUGCAAUAAUGUAUAUUUUUUGUACGUAAAAAUAAAGUACGUAAAAAUUGCAAUACCAUAUCGUAUAACUUUACACUAUGUCCAAUCAUAUGAGCUAAUUUUUGUACAACUUCUCCUUGUCUUCGUA